AUGGCGCCUGGUCCUCUUUGGCUUAACACAGGCCAUGUCUUAGACAGUCAUCCAAUCACAAAGUGUUGGAUUGUUGGGGUGAUACUGUACAUUCAAGAGCGAAGAAACGUACACAGUUCCCUUGCGGAUGAGCGAAAACAAAACUCUACAAAUUUUGGAUCUGGCAGUGGACCGCAGAGCAACAGCAGCAACCGAUUGGGAUCAGCCAAUGAACCGGACAGGAGUCCUGCCCGAGCUCCGUCUGCUAAUCCGUGGUGGGCACAGUGGGCAAGGGAGGAUAUUAAAGCGCUCCGAGAUAGUAGUUCCCCGAACAAGGAACGCCUGACAGUACAGUGGCUGUCGCAGUCGAUAGCAGAAAUUCGUUCCGAACUGGCCGAACUGCAGGAAUCGUCCAGCAACGUCUCCAAGGAUGCACAGUUAAAAAAUCAACUGAUGGAGGAUAUUAGCACGCUGCGGGCGGAGUUUUCCACGCUGAAGCUGGAGUUGGAGUCACUGAAAUCGCGACAGGAAAAAAUGGAAGUGUUGGUGCAUGAGCUGCGCGAGGAAGCCGUACAGAGUGCCGAGGACAUUCGUCGUAGUUUGACCCGGCAACGGGAGAAGAAAACCGUUACCUAUGGGACGGCGUCUGCUCCGUACCUUGCAACAAAAUGCUUGCGACGAUUGGCCGAACUUGAUGGAGGUAUGUUCCCGGAAGCGGCAAAGGUGUUGGCAGAAGAUUUUUAUGUCGACGACAUGAUGUCUGGCGUUGACAGCAUCGAUGAAGGUGUUCAACUGUGUGCUGACAUUCAAAUCCUUCUUAACGGGGGUGGAUUCACGCUUCGAAAGUGGAGCUCAAACUGUGCUGCCAUCCUGGAGAAAAUACCCGAUGACUGCAAGGAUGAUCGCACAUCAUUUGAACUAGACGAUUCCAGUGCAACAAUAAAGACGCCAGGGCUGGUGUGGGAGCCCAGUGUCACGUCGCACUUGCUGUUGGCAAAAUCAAGGGUUGCACCGCUUGACGACUUAAAGAAACGGAAAAGGAAACAGUCGAUUCCGCGAUUGGAACUGUCGUCCGCACUAUUACUCGCUCAUCUUUAUGAGAAGGUGGUGACCAGUCUGAAAAUAACUGUUCGAUCAUACUUCUGGACCGACUCUAUGAUAGUCCGAUAUUGGUUGUCAUCGAGUCCAUCACGAUGGCAGCAAUUCGUUGCGAACAGGGUAUCGGAAAUACAACAUGCUACACGAGGCGGCGUGUGGAGUCAUGUACCAGGCACAGAAAACCCAGCAGAUAUACUAUCUCGUGGCGUAACUGCAGAUCAGCUGAACGAAGAUCCCCUAUGGUGGAAUAAAGCAUUGUGGAUGCGAGGAAACGAAGACAGUUGGCCAGAAAAUGUAUACCUAACCGUGGCAGGUGUCGACCCAACUGUGCUGGAAGAAAAUUCGGAUGUGUCCGUGGUAGUCAAUAAGUCUCCGCCGAACGAAAUCUUCAGCCUCAGAUCAUCGCUGACACGUCUAGUGAGAAUCACUGCCUGGCUUCUCAGAUGGAAGCACAACGCGCAACAAAGGACUCACACAAAUCGAAGGUCUGGGAUUCUAACCUAUGCAGAACGAGAAUCAGCUCUACUUCAUCUUGUAAGAUUCGCUCAACGGGAGUGCUUCGAACAGGAACUAAAGGAUUUGCAACGAGAGGGUCAAGUUAAAUCGACGUCUCGCAUUAACACUCUUCAUCCGAUAAUGCUGGAUGGUAUAGUUCGCGUCGGUGGCAGACUGGUGAAUACUCUAGUUUCAACCGAGAGAAAGCGUCCGAUAGUGUUGGAUAAAAAUCAUCCGUUCACGUCACUAGUUAUGCUUCAUUAUCACUACAAAUUGUUACAUGCCGGCCAGCAACUGCUCAUUGGCAGCGUUCGUGACCGAUUUUGGCCGCUCAGCAUACGUAGUCUUGCCCGGCAGACAAUACACCGUUGUGUAACCUGCUUUCGCAACAAACCGACGGUUCACGAACAAUUGAUGGCAGACCUGCCUUCUGAACGUGUGACGCCAGCUCCGCCUUUUCUCCCUGUGGGGGUAGACUACUGUGGUCCGUUCUUCAUCAAAUACCCUAAUCGCCAACGAAUUCCUGUGAAAUAUUACGCUGCCAUAUUUGUGUGUUUAGUGACCAAGGCGGUUCAUAUCGAAAUGAUCGCAGAUCUGACGACGUCAGGAUUUUUAGCCGCUCUGAAACGAUUUGUGGGCAGACGUGGCAAACCAGCGAUCAUCAUGUGUGAUAACGGCAGUAACUUCGUGGGGGCAAAACGUGAACUAGACGAGCUCCGCCAAACCUUUCUGUCGCAACAAUCACAACAGUCGAUCAUCUCCGAAGCUGCAGAUUCCGGCAUGCAAUUCCGGUUCAUUCCAGCGAAAACUCCUAACUUCGGCGGCUUGUGGGAGGUUGCUGUCAAAUCGAUGAAACAGCAUCUCCGAAGGACGAUCGGAUUGAAGAUUUUGACUCCGGAUGAACUGCAAACGGUAUUUGUGCAAAUAGAGUCAUGUUUAAACUCAAGACCUCUCACUCCGCUUAGCAACGACCCGUCAGAUUUCGAGGCAUUAACACCGGGGCAUUUUUUAAUACAACGACCACUGACGGCAGUUUCCGAGCCAGCAUUGACAGAGGUUCCAGAAAUUCGCUUAUCUCGAUGGCAACAAGCACAGGAUUUCCUACAGCGCAUCUGGGCCAAAUGGUCAACGCAAUAUUUAUCCAAUCUACAUAAUAGAACCAAAUGGACAAGGCAGCGGAACAAUUUGUUCGUGGGGACGAUGGUUUUGGUUAAGGAAGAUAACCUUCCCCCACUCAAGUGGGCACUUGGACGUAUAACACAUAUCACAUCAGGCAGCGACGGAAAUAUCCGUGUUGUUACGGUGAAAACAAGGGAUGGUAGCUUUAAUCGGGGAAUCUCAAAGAUUUGCAUUCUGCCUAUCCGCGACAACGACGACCAAUCAGCUGAAGAGGAGAUCUGA